AUGUCCAUCAAGUUCGGGACAAUCCAUGGAAACGCCAGCGCUGCGUUUGUUAAUGAGAAUAAGGUUCUUGAAAGCCACCUCAAUUAUGUCGUAAGCGUCAAAGUCAACAAUGAUGCGCCAGCAGAACCGGUGGACAUAAAGUUCAUUCCCAUAGAGGGUAUUGAACCAGAGGACUUCACCGGGAUAUAUGGAGACAGCUUCAUUUCAGGCUUCCUGGAAGGGGGAGAAUUCAAUGCGAUAAUCUCUGUCAAUGUUGAUGAUAAAAGCAGGCUUAAAGACAUCAAGCAGGCAAUUGACUUCCAAUUGGCUGUAGGACCGUCUCCGCUCUCCGUAGGGGUUCAGGAAGGUCUAAAUAGCAAGCAAUCCGAGAUCCUUCGAGGGACUGAAAUUACGAUCUCAGUCAACUGGGUCGGUGGUGGAGAGAUCAAGCGACCGGAUGUGCCGUGGACUUUGGACUCGGUAGUUCGGAUUGCAAAUGCCUUUCCGUCUUUGGUCGCAUGCUGCUCAGCAAAGACAUCAGCAGUGCUAACGAGGUACACUGCUCUGCACUCAUUCCAGGAAUGGAGGUACGGAAAGUACAUAGCGCAAGAAGAAAAUAGAAAGAAAGAAUGGGAGGCACAUACCUUGAUCCUGAACUACGCCCCAUGUGCCUUUUAUACAGCGGAUUUAUUUGACGCUUUGAUGAAGUACAAGAAGCUUUGGAAGAGGAUUGACAACAGUACACCUACUUUCCAAGUAUUCAUUUUGUGUGGACAGACACUGACUGGUCCCAUAGUGAUGUCAGACACAAGCAAGUGGAAAGCGAGAGAGCCACAGAAGCAGUUGCCAACAGAAUCAUCACCGGGGUCGACUUCUGGAGGGGCACUGAUCCAACCUGCUCAGAACGGACCCUUCACAUCUCCACUGUCUGCACCUGAUGCGAAGAAGCAGAGCGCAAAGCCCAAGGACAAGACUUUGGAGAGCCCAGCUCCUACAGAUGAUCCAUAUACUUUUCACCCUCAAGAUUCUAAUAUUGCAGAAGAUUGGAACUUGGCGUUGAAUAAUGCUAGGCGGGAUCCAAUUCCCUUGGAUCCUGUGGCAUUGAAUGAAGCACGCCUUCUUUGUCGAGAAGCCAUGACGUUAAUCACCGAGGAAGCUACUCAUCUUGUUGAUCAUCCUGAUCAGGCUUACGCUCAAUACAAUCCGGAAACCGGCGAGACUAAAAUGAAGCGUCCGGUCUAUGCGUAUCCUGAAGUCCUCGAAGCGCGCCUCCCCAGGUACAUAGGAAACGACGCAGUAGAAGAAUCGCGGCACGAUGAAGCAGCUGUCAAGCUACAAACGUAUAACAGAGAAGGCAACCUGUGGGGCAGGGAAGUUGGCGACGAGCUCAGCCCGUACCGUAAAUACAAGUCAUUCGUGUCUCUGGAAUUCGGAAAUCCCGCCUUUGGCCAAGGCAAGGAGCUUUGCUGUUUGAGCCUCCAUGCGGCGCGCUAUCACGCAAAACUACUCGGAGAUCAUUUCACCAGGGACUCCGAGAACGCAGUGGGAGCAAUCGGCUUCAGGUUUCUUGGCGACACACGUAACCCGCGUGUGGAAGCUGAUAAAUGCUCAUUCCAUGCUGGUAACCCACGCUUUGAUGAUCCCAGCAAAUUCCAUAUUUUGGAUCUUACCACUGCUCAUGAUAGCAAUCAGCCUCCAGCUACUGCUUCAUCGACAAUUCCAAUUGAUAUUACAAGGAUUGAUGUCUUUUGGGUUCGAGGCUCUGGUCGCAUCGCCGGUCUCGAGUUCUUCGACAACUUUAGCGGCAUGCAGUCGAGUCGAUUAGAGUGGAAGCAGUGGCAACACGAAAGUAAGCCACAGCCACAAGAUAUGUAUGUUGAGCGUCAGGAGCCACCGAAAGACGGGAAUUGGAAGUUUGCCGGGCUGUAUGGGUACCACUGUAAGGACUGCUUGGAUAGAGGCUCUGUGCUCGCCCGUAUAGGCGGGAUCUGGCAACGCGUGUGA